CAGUCGCCAUUUUGUUUGUCUCAAACAGAAGUAUAAUAGACGAAAAGAUUAAAGAACCAUUGAUGGAUGCCCUGAUGUUAUACGAAGGAAGCACUUCCAGUAGUGCUAUUUCCCUUGCCUGGAAUGCUAUCAUGGGACUGCUGGAAUGCUGCGGCGUAGAUGGUCCAGAUGAUUUCCAAAAAGUGACAAAAUGGGAUCACAAAUUGGAUCCUAGCAAGUUUCAAGAUCUGGUUCAUUCACCGAUGUCAACAUCUCCGAUAACAAUAAAAGCCCCAAUAGUUUGUGCUAAUGAUAAGCAGAAGGCUAUUCGAGACAUUAUCUCUUCACCGGCGCCACAUUCUGUAGAUUAUAUUCAGAAAGGUUGUUAUGCAGCUAUUUGGGCCAAAAUUGAAGAGAACCAAGGAAUGGCCAUUGGUCUAUUCGCAGGAAUAGGAGUUUUCCAGGUCGUGCUCUUUACUCUUACAGUGUUUGUAAUCCGAGGAUUUCCGAAAUCAGGCGGGAAUAAAGUUUCUCCAUCAGAUUAGAACAUUAUGAGUUGCUAUAAUUUCUUACAUUACAUAACGUACAUUUAAGUGAAUUGGUCUAUAAUGGAAAGUCUUUAAUACAAUAAAUUAUACAUUAAUAGAAUUUAGUAUCAGGGAAAACAACAAGCAAAGAAAGAAUUUUAUAUUGAUGGUGUUUGCAAGUGUGAGAUACAUGAUCCAAUAUAACAUAUAUUUGUAAAGUAGAUAUUAAGAUGAUCUAGAAUAAAAUAUUAUUAUUCAUCGUAAAAAUGCGAAUACAAAACCAUUUAGAACUUUAUCAAUAUUUUCUUUUCAAGUACAUUCAAAUGAUACAUUCCUGUUUUAAAAGAAAAAUACUUAUACAAAAAUGUGUCCAUUUUAGACCAGUUCAUUUUAAGAUGUAUCUUUUGCGUGAAAUGUCAGUGUUUGAAUUUAAUCUAAGGACAUGACAAGGUUUAAGUGUGACUUUAAUCGAUAUAUUUACCAAUGAAUUAUCUUCUUUAGUUGACGUUUUUAACGAGCUGUAUUUCAAAAAUUAUAUUAAAAAUCAUCUAAGCUUAGGAUUUGAUUACCUUGCUGUAUGUAAUUUAUAUCUAUGAUAAAAUGUUUUACAUUGAUCAAAUCUUGCUUCAAAAAUC